AUACUUUAUUGAUCCCCUCAGGGAAAUUCAGAUGUCCAGAAGCCCCCAACCAACAAACCCACAGAUUCAAAACGAACGCAGACAGAAAAUACAUAGAAUACACUGUGGACACUACCUGAGAGCAAUAAAUAUUUAAAAAGACCAAUAAUUAACAAUUAAAAAUUAAAAAUUGCAAAAAUGCAUCCCCCUACAGCCUAGCGGUCCGAAUUAUAAAAUCUAAUGGCUGCAGGGGUGAAGGAUCUCUUGAACCGCUCCGUUCUACAGGGCAGGGAGAGGAGCCGGUUGUUGUUCCGAGUGCUCUUUUGACUCUCCAGAAUUACAUGGAGGGGAUGCCCGGGGUUUUCCAGGAUGACCUGCACCUUGUGCCUCAUACGCCUCUCAAGCACAUCCAUCCCAGAGUCCACUCUCCCCUCCAGCACUGAGCUAGCUCGUUUAACCAGUUUGACCAGCUUCUUGUUGUUUUUUUCACUAAUGCUGUUGCCCCAGCAGACAACAGCGUAGAAAAUAACACUUGCAACCACAGUGUUGUAAAACAUGUGCAGCAUAUCACUACACACAUUGAAGUAUUUGAGCCUUCUGAGGAAAAAGAGUCUGCUCUGGCCAUUUUUGUAGAGGGAGUCAGAGUUGACAGACCAGUCUUUUGACAGAACAGAUACUGCCAGCCUUUUUGAGGCAGCAACUGGGAUUAAUCCCCUCGAUGGAAAAAAGUUUCAGGUGCAAGCAUGGCUUCAACACUUCUGUCUGCAGUGUUUCAUAUCACCUCUUUUGGAUGGUAUCUGCUUCUUGUACAUGUGCUUCUCAACACUCACGCUGACCACGCACCCACCGGAGUGUUCUUAUAUGCUGGUCAGUGGAAGUACCUCACCUUCCUCAACUUGUUUCUGCAGAUGAUUUUCAACGGGCUGUGCAUCCUGUCAGACAUACAGAAACAGGCAUCAUGGAUUCUCUGUCUAAGAGACCUCUUCUUCUCUGUUCUGGUUUUCCCUGUUGGUACUUUCGUUGUCGCAUCUUUCUGGAUUUUAUUUACACUCGACAGAUCACUGGUGUAUCCUGAAGCCCUUGAUAAAUUCAUUCCUUUGUGGGUCAACCAUGCUGUGCACACGAUGGUACUGCCCCUGGUCCUGUUGGAACUCUUCAUCUCCCGGCACCGGUAUCCAACACGAAGAACUGGACUCCUCAUCCUGGGGACCAUCUCCAUCUCUUAUCUCCUUUGGGUUCUGUGGAUUUAUUACGCCGCUGGAGACUGGGUCUAUCCAUUGCUGGGACUUUUUAAUCAAACUGGCCUGGUGGCAUUUUUCUCAGUCAGCCUUCUGUUGGUAAUGCUUUUAUACCUCCUGGGAGAGCAGCUCACCUUGUUAGUGUGGGGUUUAACGGGAAAAGCAAAGAGAUCAUAACUGAGGCACAAGCACAAUGAGGAAUUGUGUUUGUCUUAUGCAUCCUGCACCCUUCUUGUCACUCAUUAUAGCCACUGUACACCUGCUACAUUCUCCACCAACAAUUUGCUAUCAACAGAUCGAUAAUCUCCAAAAGAAUCAGGACCUAGCGCUCGCUGUUCCACUUGCCAUCCAGGGAGAGAGAACUGGAAGAAGGUGGCAACCAUGGAUUUGGAAAUUACUGAAUAAGGAUGAAGGAAGUGAGAUUUCUGGAUCUAUGUUUCUAUGUUUCCCACGAUACAUGUCCGCUCUCAGCGGGGUGAAGGGCCAAAGUAAUUCAUGUCCAUAAAUUCCAGGAGCAGAAUUAGGCCAUUCGGCCCAUCCAUAAUAGAAUAAAGGGGAGGCCAUUUAAGACUGAGGUGAGAAAAAACUUUUUCACCCAGAGAGUUGUGAAUUUGUGGAAUUCCCUGCCACGGGGGGGCAGUGGAGGCCAAAUCACGGGAUGGAUUUAAGAGAGAGUUAGAUAGAGCUCCAGGGGCUAGUGGAAUCAAGGGAUACGGGGAGAAGGCAGGCACGGGUUAUUGAUUGGGGACGAUCAGCCAUGAUCACAGUGAAUGGCGGUGCUGGCUCGAAGGGCAGAAUGGUCUGCUCCUGCACCUAUUUUUCUAUGUAUCUAUGUAUCAAGUCUGCUCCACCAUUCAAUCAUGGCUGAUAUAUCUUUCCCUCUCAACCCCAUUCUCCUGCCCUCCCCAUAACCCCUGACACCCGCACUAAUCAAGAAUUUCUUCUGUAGCUCUUAUGGAAAGCUCAGGAAAAAACCCAGGAUAAUUAAGGAUAAAUGUUGGUUCAGCCGACAUCGCAUACAUGGAUUUUAACAAUCAUGGCUCCAAUUUUUAGCAACCUAAUUAUUCCCUUUGUGGACAUAGUGUGGUGAAAGUGGUAAUUUCACAUUAAUUUAGUUAACUUUACAGAUACAAUAAGGAAAACAGGCCCUUCAGCCCACUGAGUCGAUGCUGACCAGCAAUCACCCCAUACCCAAGCACUAUCCUACACACUAGGGACAAUUUACAAUUUUCACCUUAGCCAAUUAACCUACAAACCCGCUCGUCUUUGGAGCGGGGGAGGAAACCAGUGCACCCGGAGAAAACCCAUGCCGGUCGCGGGGAGAACGUACAAACUCCGGGAUCGAAUCUGGGUCACUGGUGCUGGUAGGCAGCAAGUCUACCGCUGAACCACCGUGCUGCCUUUUUAGGGGCAGUCACGGUGGCGCAGCAGUAGAGUUGCUGCUUUACAACGUAUGCAGCGGCGGAGAUCCGGAUUCGACCCCAACUACGGGCCUUUGUACCUUCUCCCCGUGACCUGCGUGGGUUUUCUCCGAGAUCAAGUUCAAGUUCAAGUGAGUUUAUUGUCAUGUGUCCCUGUAUAGGACAAUGAAAUUCUUGCUUUGCUUCAGCACACAGAACAUAGUAGGCAUUUACUACAAAACAGAUCAGUGUGUCCAUAUACCAUAAUAUAAAUAUAUACACACAUGAAUAAAUAAACUGGUAAAGUGCAAAUAACAAAUAAUGUGUUAUUAAUAAUCAGAGUUUUGUCCGAGCCAGGUUUAAUAGCCUGAUGGCUGUGGGGAAGUAGCUAUUCCUGAACCUGGUUGUUGCAGUCUUCAGGCUCCUGUACCUUCUACCUGAAGGUAGCAGGGAGAUGAGUGUGUGGCCAGGAUGGUGUGGGUCUUUGAUGAUACUGCCAGCCUUUUUGAGGCAGCGACUGCGAUCUUCGGUUUCCUCCCACAUUCCAAAGACGUACAGGUUUGGAGGUUAAUUGCCUUGGUAAAUGUAAAAAUUGUCCCUAGUGUGUGUGUGUGUGUGUGUGUGUGUGUGUGUGUAGGAUAGUGUUAAUGUGCGGGGAUCGCUGGUCGGCGCGGACCCGGUGGGCCAAAGGGCCUGUUUCCACCCUGAACUACAAACUAGGGAGAAAUUACAGGUGACCAAAUAACCGUACGAACCCGCACGUACUUGGGAUAUGGGAGGUGACCGGAGCACCCGGAGGAAACUCCAUGCAGCCACUGGGAAGAACGUGCAAACCCCACACGGACAGCAGCCGAGGUCAGGAUGGAACCGGGUCUCUGACGCUGUGAGGCAGCGACUCUACCGGUUGUGCCACUCCAAGCCCAAUUAUAGGCCUGUUAACAGGCAGAGUUCUUCAUUGUGUUUAAUACAUCAGAUAGAAUAUAUGGGAACAUUAUAUAUAUGUGCAUGAUUAGCCCAGUUGCUCCCAGAAUCACCUUUACUAUUAACUGUUGAUCAACAACUAUUCGUUCAUGAAAGCAUCAGAACAAUUACUUAUCUUGCACUGAAUCAAUGAAAUAUAAAUUGCAGUUGAUCUGAAAUUAUAGUUAUUCCACAUUUCAUGUAUACUACGAAGAAAUAAAAAUUGCACGUUAAAUCUCACGGUGUAUCUUGUGGGUUUUUGCUGCUUGCAUUGGGACGAUGUUGAAUGGAACGUUAUUCAAUAAUUCAAUGGUAGACAAAAAUGCUGGAGAAAUUCAGCGGGUGAGGCAGCAUCUAUGGAGAGAAGGAAUGGGUGACGUUUUGGGUCGAGACCCUUCUUCAGACUGAUGUCGGCGGGGGGCGGGGAGAAGAAAGGAAGAGGUGGAGACAGUGGGCUAUGGGAGAGCUGGGA